AUGUCAAGUGGUCAAGAAAACUUGAAUGAUCUUGUAAAAGUUGGAGAGGCAUUGUUGAAGAAACCCGUUUCGAGAUUGAAUUUUGGUAUCGGUAAACUCAAGCUUGUUUAUCCUGAGGUUACAAAUGAAGAGGCUCUCGUGAGGAUGGCAAAAAUGCUCUUUGAGGAGAGGGCUCGGAGGAAGAGGGUGGUCGUUCAUGAAAAUGCUGCUCUGCUCUCACAUAAGUCCUUAUUCUUGAGAUUGAACUACUGCAUCUGUAAAGAAGAACGAACCUAUGAUGUAGAUGGUUGGCUUGCUGCAUGGAAGUAUAGCCGUGCGGAUGGUUCUGGAGAAGACUAUAAACUGCUACCUAGUGGUCCAGCUUCAUUGCCAGAUGAGCAGGUGCCUAUAUCACACAACGACGACAACGUUUACUGGAAAGAGUUAUUGAUGCUUGUGUAUGUCUGGGUGGCUUUUCUUAUUGUUCAUAUUGUUAAGGUAAGGUUAACAACCAGAGUAGUACCAAUUGCAGUCUCCGUUACGCUCUUUGAAGCCAAAUUCUUAUGCAAAGGCACCAGGCUGGUAUGGUGGGUAGCCUACUUGGGCUGGGAGGCGGUUUCUUCUUGGGACCCCUUUUUCUUGAAUUGGGAUUUCCUCCUUGGGUAUAGUUCAACGCAAGACAAAAUUCACUCUAUUCUUUUUGUCAGUCAGAAAAUCUUGUCAAGAAAUCCUUGGCAAGGAAAAAUCACUGAAGAGGUUUGGAUUCAAAAAUCCUUGAUCAUUGGUUUUGAUCCCAAGUCUUCCACUGCCAUUUCCAGAAUUAAAGAAUUAUAUAUAUGCCAUCCUAUUGGUCAUGCAGGUAUGAUAAUGGGUGCUUCAGUUUCAACUCCAAUGCUCAUGCUGGGCAUCAGCAUAGGAGUGGCCUUCAACGUCAUGUUCGCCGGCUGGAUGGUCACACAUUGGGUAGUGUGGGAGGUGUCGGGGGUGGAGGCAUUGCUUGCCUUGAUCAUUGGUUUUGAUCCCAAGUCUUCCACUGCCAUUUCUAAGUGUCAAAUUGAAGAACUGUAUGCCAUCCUAUUGGUCAUGCAGCCAAUGCUCACGCUAGGCAUCAGCAUAGGAGUUGCCUUCAAUGUCAUGUUCGCCAACUGGAUGGUCACAGUUCUACUUAUCAUUCUCUUCUUAGGUACAGCAGCAAAAGCUUUAAUGAAGGGCUUAGAAACAUGGAAGAAAGAGACAAUGAUGAAGAAGGUAAGGAAGCAGAAAAGCAGUUGGAAUCAGAGUCCAAACCUGGCGUGCGGUUCUGGAGAAGACUCUAUCCAAGUGCCUAUAUCACACAACGUCUACUGGAAGGAGUUAUUUAUGCUUGUGUAUGUUUGGGUGGCUUUUCUUAUUGUUCAGAUUGUUAAGUAUAGCCGGAUACUCGGUGUUUCUAAUUUUUUUUAA